UGCACGCAAAAGGUGCCACACGUCUUGCUGUUGCUGCUGCUCUCGGCAGAGGCCAUCGUGCUCCCGCGCAGGAGCGAGCAGCCACCACAAGACCACUUGCAAAGGACAUAGUCUUGCGCCAAAAUCUGAAGCACAGUAGUGAAUGAAGCAUGGCCGCCGUCCUCGAGCUACGCCUGACACUGUCGCCGUCCACAACGGCGCCGUAUGCCGCCGCAGCAUGCGGAGCGUACCAACCUCGUCGCGCCUAGCAGCAGUAGCGGCCUCCGCGGCCGCAGCUGCACGAAAGCAAUUUGUUCCUCACGAGGAACGCCUAGGCCGCUCCUUGCUCACAUUGCGCUUUCAGCAGCGAGAACAAAGAGCCCGGCGGGCUGCUCAGCAUGCGCAGGUUGCGCAAGCGGUUGUUCUCGAAACGGCCGGGACGGCGCUGUCAGCAGCCACGACAACGCAGUCCCUCUCGAGUCAGCGCCGAGAAGCCACUGCGGCAUGUCGUGCCAUCCAUACAGUCCAAAGACGCUGUGAAAGAUGCGUCCAGACCCUUCGGCGCCGCAGGCUGCUGUGCAAGGUGCGGCACAGAAGGUCCGUACACGCGGUCUCCCAGACGCCUGGCUCAACCCUGCGGCGUCGCCGAGGGUCGACGCAGCAUCUGCCAAGGACGGGAGGCGGAAAGGAAUUGCAGACCAUGCGGACGACCUUCGAGCUCGCACUCCCGCCUGUUUGCUGCUCCACAGCGUGCUCUCGCGCGCAGCUCCGUCGAGGUUGGACGCGCGCGGAGGCGACGCCGCGCGGCGCACUGCAAGCACGCUGCGCCAGCCCGUCUAGGCAAGUCACGUCGAGCCCCUCUGCGGGCCCGCCAGCUGCAUGGCUGCGCCGAACUGUGCGGCUAGAGCAUGCAUCUUGAUGCAGCAUGCAGCAGCGGCAUCUCGAGAUGCGCUGCGACGGCGAGCAGGCGCAGCAGCAGCAGCAGCAGCCAUCGGAGGGAGCGUCUCGAGGAGCCGCGGAUGUUCUCUCCGCGCGCCGCC